AUGACUACCAAUCAGCCCAAAAGAGAUUCAGUAGCUUUGGACACUCAAAUUUCAAGAAUAACAGAAAAGAAUCAGAUAGACGUCUUAUCUCCAACUGUCAUUAAAUCACUCCCAAACGAUUUAUUAACCGAAGUUCUUGCAAAAGUUGCAACUUCUUCUUACAUUGACUUGAUCCAAGCCAAAUUAGCCACCAAACAUUUUCUUGAAGCAUCUAACGACCGAUACAUAUUUCAACAUGUGUCUCUUGGAAACUUCAGGAAUCUUCUAUGGAACAACAGUCCGAAAUUUUGGUCAUUCAUGGAAACUUGCAACAAUAGUGAAAAUCCAGAGAGCCUAUAUCGAAAAGGAAUGUUGGAAUUUUUCACUCAUUGUAAAGAAGCUUCUGGAAUGGCUUAUUUAAAACGAUCGGCUCAAAAAGGGUAUGUGGAUGCUUGUUAUGUAUUUGGUGUUAUUUUGUAUGCUUCCAAUUUGAAAGACGAAGGACUUGAGUUCUUGAAGAACAAUGAGGUGAAAUUAGGGAAUAAAAUGAUAGAAUGUCGUCAGAGAGUUAAGGAGUUCGUAUCGUAUAUUUGGAUUAAGAAUAAGAUUUCGUUGUCGGAGGGAGAUUCGUCCUAUGGUCGGAAGUGUGAUAAAAAUAUUAACUGUAGGGUUAACGAGAAAAUAAAUGUUUGGGAUUCAAAAGAUGAGGAUGAUUAUUAUGGAAAGUACACGUGUGAAGAGUGUAAAUGGAACAACGAGGUUCUUAGAUUUUGUAAAAUGUUAAGAACGGGAAGAUUUAGUUAA